AUGGCUUCAUUUUUAACAGCAUUAUCCGAUAAAUAUCAUUCCACGAAUGAAAAUGAUGCUAUAAAUUUUGCUUUCGAACAUUUCAAUCAAUCAUCUCAACCAUUCGAAGAUCUACUUGAAAAUCUUUCACAAUUAUGUGUUUCUGAUUCUGAUAAUGAUAAUAAUAUAAAUUUAAUAAAUUGUCUUCUUCAUUCAUUCAUUCAAUGUCAUAAAUCUUCAUCUCAAUUAAAAUUCGAUGAAACUCUAAUCAAUAAUCUGAUUUCGAAAUCUUUACCAAUAAUAUGUUUAAAAGAUUUUAUUGAAAUCUUUAAUAUUUCAAAAGAAUAUUUAAUUAAUCUAUUAAGAACUUCAUUGAAUUUUCCAACAAAUUCAUCGAUAUAUAAACGUGCAUUACAUAUAAUUGUUAGAUUUGAUUAUCAAUUAGAAUUUCAACCAAAUGAAAUUCUUCUACCAUUAAUUAUCAAUUUAAAAGAACAUCUUAUUGAUAUGUAUUUAAAUAAAACUCGUCAAUAUGAAGAAUAUUUACUGAAUUUAUUAAAUCAUCUAUAUGAGAAUAAUGGAAAAAAAAUUCGUGAAAUAUUAUCUAAUGAAUAUAAUAUAAAUAAUGUAACAUUCAAUAAAAAAAAUCUCUCAAAAUUAGUUGUUCGUUAUUGGAAUUUAUAUGGUCAUGAAGAAAAUGAAAAAUAUCCAAAUUUAGCAAUAUUACAACAAAAACGAACAUUAAAUUAUUUGAUUAAUGUUAAAUAUAAUGGACUUAAUGAUGAAAAAACAAUGAGUGAUGAAUGUUGGAAUGAAUUAGUUGGAGAUAUUGUACAAGGAAAUGCAGAUUUAUCUGAAUAUUUAAUUGAAAUAAUAGCUGAUAAAGAUGAUAUUGUUGCUGUGAAAUAUUGGAUGGCGCAAUUGGAUCGACCUUAUUAUACAUUACCAACUUGGGUUCAACAAUAUAUUCAUAUCAAACAAAAUAGUCAAACAAAUCCACCCAUACGUGAUGAUCCUGUUCGAGAAAAACCGGUUAUUGAUUAUUAUAAAAUACCAGUAGAAAAUAAUCAAAUCAUUUUUGUUGAUUCAAUGGUAACCUAUGAACGUUUACUUGAUCGAUUAUUUCAAAACAAUAAUGAAGAAGUAUUUAUUGGAUUUGAUUGUGAAUGGAAACCAGUAUUUAAUAAUACUUCAACAUCUAAACAACAUAUAAGCAUAAUGCAAAUAGCGUUAUCAAAUGAAGUAUUUCUACUUGAUUUACUUCAUUUUUUUCAUACUUGUGAUCCUGAAACGAUUCAACGACGAUUAGCAAAUCGAUUAUUUGAUGAUGAUCAAGUGACAUUACUUUGUUAUGGUUUUAAAACUGAUGCUGCUAUGCUUGCUGCUUCUUUUCCUAUUUUUAAUGAAGCACUUUUCUCUGGCAAAACUCUACUCGAUUUAUCUCUUGUUCAAUCUGAAUUAUUAACUGUUCAACGAGAUAUAUUUCCAUAUGCUAUAGUAAAUAAUACAACACCAUCGAAAGAUAAAGGUCUUAGUGAAUUAGUUCGUUUAUGUUUUGGUAAACCAUUAAAUAAAUCAGAACAAUGUUCAAAUUGGGAACGACGACCAUUACGAAGUGCUCAAUUAUCAUAUGCUGCAAGUGAUGCAUAUUGUUUACUUGAAAUUUAUAAAUUUCUUUCUAAUCGUUUUCAAUCAUCUGAUUAUUUAAAAACAUUUCGUGGAAAAAAACCGAAAAAACUUGAUUCAGCUAUUGCUCGUGAAAUAGAUAAAAAUUGGCAAGAUACAAAUAAUAACAAUGAUUCUUCUCAAAAAUCAGAUGAUGUUAAUCAAAUUUCAGCGGAAAUGAUACGUCCUUCUCAAAUCAAAUUUGUUGUUGACAAUAUGUUACAUGGUUUAGGAAAAGAAUUACGUGUUGCUGGCUGUGAUACAGUGAUUUUAGGUAAUGAUGAUCCACAUACAGCUGCUAUUAGAUAUGCUCGAUCCGAAGAUCGAAUUAUUUUAUCUCGUGGUGCACCAUAUAAUCUAUUACGAUCUCAUGCUGUUGAAGGUCGUUGUUGGCAACCACCUUUAAACGUUACAGCUCGUAAACAAUGUCGAGCAGUUCUUGAACAUUUCAAUGUAAAUGUAUUACCAGAAGAUAUUUUUACUCGGUGUACUAUAUGUAAUGGUAAUGAUUAUGCUAUUGUGAGUGCUCGUGAUGUUCGUGUUUUAUGGUGUAAAAUAAGUAAUAAUUCUUUGGAAGAACUUGAACCUGAUCUUGUUAAUUAUCAACCAGAAAUGAUUGAUAUGGAUCGUAUGACCUUAACUAAUGAAAGUGUUCCAUUAGUUUUAGAAGGUUUAACAUUGAGAAAUUAUCGUUCUUAUGAUAAAUUUUAUAUAUGUCGUGGAUGUGGAAAAGUUUAUUGGCAAGGAACUCAUUGGCAAAAACGAAUUCAGCGAGAUAUGCUUCCAAUAGAAAAUAUAUUGAAACAAUAUGUGAAAGAAAAUAUUGAGAGUGAAGAUGAUGAUGAUGAUGAUGAUAUUUUUUUUGAUGCUGAAAGCUCUUUGUAA